CAAAUUGACCUAGUGCACCGCUUUGGUUCUCGGUUAUUCAUCGAUUUAUGUGCCCCCUCAAUCAAAUACAUCAUGUCGAAAGUCGCUUCUACCUUCUCGCGCCUUGUGCGCUUCAUCCCCAAGUCGAACCCUUCCAAGGUCCUGAUCGGCGAGCCCGUCGAUGCCUCGGUCGACGUGGGUUUGGCUGUCUACCAGGGCAAAGAUGUCGCUGUGCGCCCCUUCUCUGGAAGCUCCGUCCUCAGCCCCGGCGAGAAGACCGACGCGACCGAAACCAUUGAGCGCAUUCUGUCCCCUCUGGCGCAAAGCGAAGUCGGCACGAUCAGAUGCAUUGGGUUGAACUAUGUCUCCCACGCCGCAGAGAUGAAGCUGGAUAUUCCCGAGGUUCCCACUCUCUUCAUGAAGCCCUCGAGUGCUCUCUCAGGCCCGUGGCCCGCUCCCACCGUUCUGCCCAAGCUCACCCAGGUUGAUAACACGGGUGACUAUGAAUCAGAGAUGGUCAUCGUGAUCGGCCGUGAUGCGAAGGAUGUUAGCGAGGCGGAUGCUCUGGAUUACGUGCUUGGAUACACUGCCGCCAACGAUGUUUCUAGCCGGACCUACCAGAUGAACCAGAGCCAAUGGUGCUUCUCCAAGGGUUUUGAUACCUCCUGCCCUAUCGGCCCUGCCCUUGUCUCUGCUGCCCUGGUCCCCGAUGCCAGCAAGCUCCACAUUCGUGGAUCCAAGAACGGAAAGGUCCUUCAGGACUGCCCCCUGACUGACCUGAUCUUCAGCGUGCCCAAGCUCGUCAGCUUCCUGUCGCAGGGAACCACCCUGCCUGCCGGUACCAUCAUCUUGACCGGUACUCCCCCGGGUGUUGGCGCUGCCAAAAACCCCAAGGAGUUCCUCAAGCACGGCGACGAGUUCGCCGUCGAGCUGCAGCCGCACGUCGGUACUCUUAUCACGAAGGUGGAGAACCAGGCCUGAAUAUGAGACUGGUGGGGCUUACGGGUUAUAACGAAACACAUACAAUACAUGAGGCCAGAAUAGCAUAGAGCUGUAUAUACUGGACGGAUACCAAUGAACAGGUUCAUU